AUAAAAUAUUUGUCACUUCUUGUAUUGUUGGCUAUUCAAGUUGCUUCAUAUGUGGAUGAAUCUAGAGAAUUAGGUCUUAUACAGGAAAGAUAUGGACCUAAUGUAUUCAGUGCAAGUAAUAGAUACAAAAGAAAAGCCUUUACGGAAAAAUUAAAGGAAAAAGUUAAAACUAUAGGAGAUAGUGUUAAAGACAAAAUUCAUCAUAUAAAGCAAAAGGCUAAUGAAACUUUACAAGCAGUAAAAAAAAAAUUUUAA